CCCUCCGCCUGACCGCAUCAUCUCCUCCCGCAGAGGCGAGUGGAGCAGCAGCGUCUCUCCCCUCCAGCUCCAGCUUUAUGUCCGUGAGGGCUGAUCAGCGCCGGUGGGGAUAUUUGAUCGUUUCACUCCACCUAAUGUGACAAAUUUCUACAAACUGCUUAAAACACCGACUGAAGCGAUGGGAGCCUUUGGAGUGAUAAUAGGGAUUUUACAGUAUGCGGGACUUUAUAUUCAACUUAACGCGGCUCUUAACGUCGGACACGGGGAGGUGGAUAAUCACAUCUCUGGAAAUGCUCUCUUUACAGAGGUGCCACACGACAUCACAACGCAGAGUGGUGAGGAUGUAGAGAUGGCUUGUUCUUUCCGUGGGGCAGGCUCUCCCUCCUACUCCCUGGAGAUCCAGUGGUGGUACAUCAAGGACCACAGAAACUGGCAGGAAAAGCCUGCCCAGAUCACUAAUAACGUUGUGCCCCUGGAGGAAACAUCCAAAGAUGCCACCAAAAUUAGCGUGGUAAAAGUGGCCGGUAGUAACAUCUCCCACAAGCUUCGUCUCUCCAGUGUCAAGCCGUCAGACGAGGGCACGUAUGAGUGUCGCGUUAUUGACUUCAGUGGCACCAUGGCGCAGCAACACCGUGUUCGUGCCUACCUCCAGGUGGAGCCUGAUAGGAGUCAGGGGUCGGAUGAUGUCAAGAUACAGGAGCCAGGGCACCGUUCACAGGGGAACCACCCACAUUCCUACCACCAAGCAGAGGGUAGGGAACUGAAGAGGAGAUCAGCUGGCAGCACUACUGACUGUAAUGAAAGCUGUGUGCUUUAGAGCGGGCAGUACGCCUGUCUGUCUGCAUGUUUAUGACUUAUUUCUAAAGAGGGACGGUCAUCAACACACGUCACCACAGAGUCGAGGCAUCAGACGUAACUGGACCCUUUGUGUUUCACGGUUUGUUUGUCUUUAAUAUUGCUGUUGAAUGCCAAUACAGGGCACAGUUUUACUGACAGUAAAUAUGAUUUUGUUCUUUUUUGUUGCUUUGUUUUUGGGGUUUUUUUUGUUUUUUUGUCUCUGCGCUUUUCCCUAUUGCAUUAAGUUUGUGUUUAUGUGACAUUUAGGCUGUAAUAAAAACAGAGAACUUUUAUUUUGUUAUUAUAUCUGAGCAGGACUCUUUCAAUGGCUGAGCACCCAGAGCUUUUCCUCACAAAGCUAUGACAGUGGAGAGUCAGGGUUAUCAUGGAUGUCACAAAUAACAAUUCAAUUGCAAUGUAUACAGUUCUACUGUGUUUUACUAAAGCAUAUGCCAAAAGCUGUAGUAUUUCAAUGUAAAUGCUUUCUAAUGAAUAAGAAUAAAUUAAGCUUUUUUCAUUCACCUGCACUGAUUUCAUUCAUGUAAUCUUUGUUUGAACACUCUCUGUAUUUAGCUAGAAUGUUUGUCAAAAUAAAAAAUGUAUGCCUCCAUCACAUCAAGAUAAUAUAUAAAUUAUUGUGUAUAUUCACACUUGGCACUGUAGACUUUUACUGUUAUCAUUAAAAUAAAGUUUACUCUACUUUACCGAAUGACUCAAAGAACAGCUGAGAAACAGCUGCAGUAUGUUAAUCACUCCAAACAUUUGUCAUCAUUUUAUCGAUCACAAUAUAACUUUUAUGGAGUUCAUCAUCUGAGUCACAUUCUCCUCUUGACUGUGUUUGUUCUGAG